UCAGGUGAGCUCCCCUUAUCGCUGCUCUAGUGGUACAGUCCAAUCGCAGUUAGGAGUUGUUGCUGAGGAGGUUUCAUGGUCCGGCGGACAGACAAACGUGUUCGGUGAAAGACGGAUCUACUUUCAAAAUGUUCCUGCCUUGCCUCAGGAAUUACCCGCUUCAUAAGAGACAGCAUGCUGUAUUUAUUUUUCUUCUGUACAGCUUGACAGGUGUGGGGGGCAGUCAGGUGUUGGUGCCCCAGAAGGUGAGUGCUGUAUUGGGGAAGAACGUGACGUUGGGCUGUAGUGUGGAGGUGGAGGCCAACCUGAGUUUUACCCAGAGUUCCUGGGAGCGUCGGCUGCCCACAGGCUCGGUGACGGUGGCGGUGUACAACCCCGUGUUCGGUAUCUCCAUCCCCCCGGACUACGUUCGCCGCCUGUCCUUCCGCUCACCCUCCUCCCAUGACGCCACCAUCGUACUGGAGGACGUGGGCUUCACAGACAUUGGAGUGUACACCUGCAAGGUGGCCACCUUCCCCCUGGGCAACACACAGGCCUCCACCACUGUCAGCGUGCUUGUGGAGCCCAAGGUGUAUGUGUCGGCUGGCUCGGUGGCUCUGAUCGAUGAGGGCAAUGAGACGGUGGUGGCUACCUGCAUCGCUGAGCGGGCCCUCCCCCCUGCCGAAGUCUCCUGGGAGACGGACCUGUUUGGCCAUUCAGAGGUGACGAUGCAGGAAGAGGCCAACGGCACCACCAGCACCCAAGUGCACUACCUGUGGCAGCCCACCCGCCACGUCCAGGGUCAAGCCCUCACCUGUGUGGUGCGCCAUCCUGCCCUGCACACAGACUUUAGGAUCCCCUACCAGCUCAAUGUGGAGUAUGCCCCAGACAUUGUGGUGGUAGGUUAUGAUGGUGACUGGCACGUGGGCCGCGAGAGCGUCCUGCUGACCUGCAAAGCCAAGGCAAACCCACCAGCCCACCACUUCAGAUGGAUCAGACUGGACGGGGACAUGCCAGAGGGGGUGGAGAUACUGAACAGCACGUUGCUGUUUCUGAGGCCCCUCCAAAGGAAUGACUCUGGAGUCUACAGGUGUGAGGUUGCCAAUGCCAUCAACCUACGCAGCAGGGACCUGCGGAUACGCAUACAAGAUCCUCCCACCACCUCCAUGCCCUCCACCACCCCUGCGCCUGUCCUAACUGGCUCUGCCUCCUCCUCCACCUCUGUGGGAGACAAGCAACGGGUCCUCUUCACCUCCCCCACCCUAGCAGCCCUGCCCCCUGCCAACCAACUGGGCACCAUCGUGGGCGGCGCUGUGGGCGGAGCCUUGUUCCUCCUGCUGCUGCUAGUGCUGGGCGGGGUCUGUUACCUCCGACAACGACAGACCUUCCGCGGGGACUACUACACCAAGCAGUACCUAGGGCCUUCAGACAUGCAGAAGGCUCCUCCACAGCACGAGCUCCACCCCUCCAAGCCUGCCAAUAAUGUUUUUGUAGACAAGGACCGCGAGGAGUGGGGCGACCGCGAACGCAACCACGAGCGGGACCGCGAGCGCCUCCACCUGCAUCCAACAUCAACAACCAUCAUGAACAGCCACAACCACAGAGAGCCAGAGCGCCAGUCCAAUGGCCGCACGAGGGCGACGAGAAAUGGAGAACACCAUGACCACGACCACCUGCGUAGCUACCCCAGCCCCCACCAGACUAGCCAUGCCAGAUACACUGCCCCACCACACCCGCUGAGCAACGGUUCCCCCUACUUGUCGGAUGACUGCUAUGACAGUGGGGCCGAGGGGGACUAUGUCUCUCAUAUGGACGGCUCCGUGAUCUCACGCAGGGAGUGGUACGUCUGACCCCACCACCACCACCAGGCACGCUACCCUGCCAACAGACUCUGCCACCAGAGAGAAGAGAGACAACGCUGCAGAAAUCACAGGAGGAUUUCAUACAUUAUUCAACAAAAGAGAAUACUCACACGUUCUGCCUCUCUCUCUCAAGCUGUCAUACAUUUUGGCAUCAUAUCCUUAGUUCCCUCUCUUUUUCAACAUGGUUUGUCAUUUCUCAGUUAUUUUCCCUUGAUUUUGGUCGUCAUCAUGGAAGGUGUGUGGAUUGCCUAGCCACACUGUGGACAUGCCUUCAUUCUGCACUAGAGGGCAAAUCUGUGUUUACUAGCUAAUGUGGGGAGGGGAGGCUUUCCCCAAAGAAAGAUUAAGUAGGAAGGGGAGAGAGAAAUCAAAAAGGAGUAUUUCUGGCACAUACAAUAUUAUUUGGUACAGUACGUGGAUAGCAUGGCUACAAAUCACACAACAUUAUACCCAUUAUGUGCUGUUCCACACUGUGUGUGUGUGUGUGUGUGUGUGUGUGUGUGUGUGUUUUAUGAGUACCAGUGCCAACUUUGUGAGUAGAUGCUGUCAUUGCAGCAGGAUGUCAUAGGCUAGAACUAAGUCUGCAAUGUUAUGUAUCAGUGUGGUGGUCUGUCUCACUGUCUCAGAUAGCGGUACCAUAAUGAUAACUAAUGAGUUAGAACUGGGUUUUAGUUAACCUUUCUUAUUUUUUCAUGCAGUGAUUUUCAGCCCUAUAUAGAAUAUUUAAAAAAUAUGACAGAUGAGGGUACGGCUGUAUAUUGUAAGAGGAGUUGCAUGCAUUCUGUAAGCACCCUCUCCUCUUUAAUUAUUUGUGCUUUAGUAUGCAUUAAUUUAUAAUCUGAAAUGCCCGUAGUAAUAGAAUACGAUUAGUAGACUGCAGGGUCCCAUGUAGCUCAGUUGGUAGAGCAUGGUGCUUACAACGCCAGUGUUGUGGGUUCUAUUCCCACUGGGGACCCGUAUGAAAAUAUAUGCACUCACUACUGUAAGUCACUCUGUAUAAGAUCGUCUGCUAAAUGACAAAACAUUUCAAAUGUAGACUUUAUAUUUAUGGCUGUCUAGAAAACAGUGAAUGGGGCAUAAUAAUUGUUGCUUCAGUUUUUUCCUCUGUAAUACAGUGAAGUAAAUGGAGAUUAUUCAUGGUUCUCUGUCGUCUAGUGAAAUUUCCUGUUACUCACUGCUCUGGGUUCAGUUAUGUGACCGGUGCCUUAUCCCAGAAGAGUAGUAAAGUAAUUAAAAAAACAAUGAUAAUGUUAUUUUUACAGACAAGUGCAAGGUCUGUUUGGUCCUCUGUUGAGAUAUUUGUUUGUUGCCUUUGUUUUCUACUUUUCUUCCACUGUGUUUUGAUUGAGGGAUUAUUUUUGUGCCAUAUCCUCUUUUCUGUCUCUAAGCCAUGAAGUUUGACGAUAGCAUUAUUUUUGCUCACAUAAUGAAUGACAUUUGCAACAUCUUCAAGUUGCAAAACACCUGAACAAAGCUGAUGUAAGCUAAAAGGGCGAUAAUUUAAUUAUUGCACAGUUCCUAUAUGUCCGUUUUCGGUUAGCAUCGUUAAGUGUGCAUGGUAUAUAAGAAAAUAACGGUGGGGAUUUCCAGAUUCCAGAAUGUUUUGUUUCAUUCUUGUACAAAGUGAGAGAACGGAGAGUGAAGCGCACUAGUGCACCUCACCAGGGUCGAUCUCCAACCGUAUUUCACAUUCUCCUUGCAAGCACCUUCAUGUUAUUCAUGUUUGUUUUGUAUGCAAGAGAAGAGCUAAUGUAAGAAAAGGAAAAAAAAAAAUAAUGCAAGAAAAAAUUGAACAUAAUCACAUGCUGUAUCAUCAAGCAUUAUUAUUAACAAGCAUUAUUUUGUAAAUCUUUUUUGAGAUAUUUUUGUUUUCAAUAAAGCACCUUUUUUCUGUG